CGCAAAAUGGACCAAUUAAACGCCAAGGAACAGCAAGAAUUUCAACAGAUUGUUGAGCAGAAGCAGAUGAAGGACUUUAUGAGAUUAUACUCCAACUUGGUCGAGAAGUGCUUCACCGACUGUGUCAACGAUUUCACCUCCAACAAGUUGACCACCAAGGAAGACACCUGUAUCAUGAGAUGCGCUGAGAAGUUCUUGAAGCACUCUGAGCGUGUUGGCCAGCGUUUCCAGGAACAAAAUGCCGCCUUGACCCAGCAGAUGCAGCGCUAAGACACCCUGUGUCGCCCUUUACUGGUAAAAGGAAAGGCUUUCUGACGGUUCAUUAGACCUGUAUAUAUUCUUUUGAUUCCAUGUUU